AUGGGUUCCAACAAUAAUGUUUUUUUCGGUGAUGAAGAAAGCCAGCUUUCUGGUGGUACUAAUAGAGUUCAACCUUACUCUUCCACACCAAAAAAGUUUGACUUCUCAGAUGGUCACUCAACUAAUAUUUAUUAUCUCGCUCUUAUUAUUAGGAAUACUAUUGAUGAUGACGGAAAGAAGCAAAAUUUUCUCUCACUUUCACAAAGACUGGGCAUUCCGGACUUUUUUUCUUUGGAUGUAUGGCGAGCGUCGAUGGGAGAACUCCUAGGCUCAGCGGUACUUGUUUUUAUGGUGGAUACUAUAGUGAUCUCUACUUCCGAAAGUGACACUGAAAUGCCAAAUUUAAUCAUGUCAAUUCUCAUAGCAAUUGUGCUCACAAUUCUACUCCUGGCGGUUGUUCCAGUGUCCGGAGGCCAUCUCAACCCGGUUAUCUCCUUCUCAGCCGCGCUAGUCGGAAUUAUAUCUAUGUCAAGAGCCAUAAUUUACAUUGUGGCUCAAUGUCUUGGUGCUGUUUUAGGUGCACUAGCUCUCAAAGCAGUGGUUAGUUCAACAAUUGAUGAAACUUUCUCACUUGGUGGUUGCACUAUCACAGUAAUUGCACCGGGCCCAAAUGGGCCUGUUAUUUUGGGCCUAGAGACAGCCCAAGCCUUGUGGCUAGAGAUCUUUUGUACAUUUGUUUUACUCUUUGCUUCAAUUUGGAUGGCUUAUGAUCAUCGACAAGCUAAGGCUCUAGGCCUUGUCAGUGUCUUGUCCAUUGUUGGUCUAGUCUUAGGCCUUCUAGUGUUUAUCUCAACCACGGUUACCGCGAAAAGGGGCUACGCCGGGGUAGGGAUGAACCCGGCAAGGUGUUUGGGGCCCGCGAUUGUUAGAGGAGGUCACCUUUGGGAUGGACAUUGGAUCUUUUGGAUUGGCCCUACUAUUAGUUGUGUAGCCUUUUAUGUGUACACAAAGAUUAUUCCACCAAAACAUUUCCAUGCAGAAUAUGGAUACAAACAUGAUUUUGUUGUAGUUGUCAAGGCUUUGUUUGGGUCGAAUGCUGCUGACUUCAAUGUCGAAGAUGCUCAGCAAGGGGUUGUCUACAAAGAUGAAAUUGCAAACAAUUUUGUGAGAAAUAUAUUACCACUGGCUAUUUGGAUGGUGAUAUAG